AUGCCGUGCGAAGGCUGCGGCUCCAGUGAGGCCGGUCUGCAAUGUCCGACCUGCAAGAAGCUCAGCCUGCCGCCGAGCUUCUUCUGUAGGCAGGAUUGCUUUAAGGCGCACUGGGGAACGCACAAGCUGAAGCACACCGAUACGCGGAACCUUCCCGCCACCAUUCCCACCAUGACGGAGGUGGACGAGCGGCUCUUCAACUUUACGGGUCCACUCCGCCCCGGAAGGAUCACACCACGCCGUGCUGUGCCAAAGGAGAUAGCGCGGCCAGACUACGCCGAUCGAAACGACGGCGUGUCCGAGUUGGAGGAGAAGGACAGCGGCAGCAACCGCGUCAUCGCCCACAGCCUCAAGAACUUGCAUGAGGACUACAACAACACCGAGCUGCGCCGAGGUUCUGACAUCCUCAAGAUUAAGCGUGUGAAUGCGCUCUCGCGUGAAGUACUGGAUAUUGCCUGCGCUGCGGUGAAGACCGGCAUCACGACGGACGAAAUUGAUCGCAUUGUUCACGAGGCCACCAUCGAGCGUGGUAUGUACCCAUCGCCUCUCAACUACUACAACUUUCCCAAAUCUGUGUGCACUAGCGUCAACGAGAUCAUCUGCCACGGCAUCCCUGACAACCGCCCACUAGAGGAAGGCGACAUUGUAAACAUCGACGUCUCCUGCUACCUCGAUGGCUUCCACGGUGAUUUGAACGAAACAGUGUUUGUAGGCAAGCCAGACGACGAGAGUGUGAAGAUAGUGCACACGGCGUAUGCCUGUUUGAUGGCCGGCAUUAGCGUCGUCAAGCCGGAUGAGCUGUACCGCUACGUUGGCGAUGCCAUCGAGGCGCGGGCGGAGAAGUCAGGCUGCAGCGUGGUGCGCAGCUAUACCGGCCACGGUAUCGGCAAGUGCUUCCACACGGCACCGAACGUGUGCCACUACAAGGACAACAAAAGCUCUGGUCUCAUGAAGCCUGGGCAUGUCUUUACGAUUGAGCCGAUGAUCAACCUCGGUACGUGGCAGGAUGUGACGUGGCCAGACAACUGGACCAGUGCGACGAAGGACGGCAAGCGCACCGCACAGUUUGAGCACACAAUCGUGUGCACCCCAGAAGGGGUGGAGUUGCUCACCGACUGGAAAGAUGGCAUACCCUUUUACCAGAAGCAGCUGAAGGAGUGGAGCAUCCCGAUUCCAGCCGAGGACCCCACUGAGGUCAAAAUCUGA